AUGGGUGACCCAAUUUCAGCCCGAAAAAGUCAUGACACAACAUUGAGAAACAGAUUUGAAUUAGAAAAACGUCGCCUUUAUCAUUCUGAAGCCUUGAAGACCCGAUCAAAUUUGGUAUCAUCACCUUCAAUCCAUACCCAAAAGCAAUCUUUUAGAACAAAAGAUGAAAUAGUCAGACACAUAUCAAGUUUACCAAGUUACCUUGAGUCAGGUAAAGCUACCCCAGAUAGAGCUUUAAGUUUUGGAGUCAUGGAUUAUGGGAGAUUAGAAAAAUGGCAAUAUCAGAAUCUUAAACAGGGGACAAUUAAAAGUAGCAAAUGUUCAACCUCUAGCAGUGUUUCUUCUUCUUUAUUUUCAACUGAUGCUUCAUCUCCCCAAUCCACCAUAGGUCAUAGCUGUUCUCCUGCUCCCCGUGUAACCUUACAAUCUCAUUUUAACAUAUCAAAUUCUGGGAAUCUUGAAAAGCUUCAAGAUUUUAAAGAUUCUGAAAAGAAAACGUCAGAAACCAAGCGAAAAGAUUACAAAACAUACAAUUCUUGUCCACCCAAGAUUCCAGAAUCUAAAUCAUCCAUGAAUAUGGGAAAUCGUCAAACAAAUUUGUCAUCUUUGAAGGGAAAAAUGAAGAUAAAAAAUGAAGAGGGAAAUGAACCACAAAAUCUUCAACAUCCAUCUCAUCAGAUACAUGAAAGGCCUACAAAUUAUGCAAAAGAUUCAGUUGUCAGCAAGACUUUACAAAUGGAACCUGAAUCUUCAAGAAAUCAAAUUAAUACUUCAAGAAGUCAUGUUCUUGAAGAAAAAAGAUCAUCUUUUUCUUCCAAGAUUUCAAAUCUUGAUUCUAGGAAACAAAGAAGCAUGUCUCCACUUCGUCGAUUUAGCUUUACAAUGAGCUCUAAGUCACCAAUUUCUCAAAAAUCAACAACUGGUAAUACAUGUGUCUCAAAUCGAUCUUCUUCAAGUCCUUUAAGAAGGUUAUUGGAGCCCCUAUUUCCAUCAAAAGCAACCAACUCUCAUCUGGAAACUGUCGCGAAAGUGUCGGGAAACUGUCGCGAAGUUAUCACAGAUUCAAAGCAAGCUCUUUUUCAAACAGCUAUCAAGAAUGGGCGUCCUAUGUUCACAUUUGCAGUUGAAAAUAGCAACGCCCUUGCAGCAACAGUUAGGGAUUUAAGUAAAAAUAACAACACUUGGAUUUAUACAUUCUUCACCAUUGAUGAGGUCAAGAAAAAGAAUGGGAGUUGGUUAUCUCAGAGCAAAAAGGACAAAGAUUAUGUCCCUAAUGUAAUAGCUCGAAUGAAGGUUUCAAAUCGUGUGGUUUCUAAUUCAAACACUCGGGAGUUUGUUUUGUUUCCUGUGGACAAAAGUCAACCAAAUGGUCAAAUAUCAAAUGUCCAACCACGUGAUGAGCUGGCAGCCAUUGUUGUGAAGUUUUCAAGGAAGGUUGAUGAUAAAGAAGAGAAAUCAGAAGGAUUUAACACAACGGUGGUGCUACCUGGCGGCAAUCAUGGUGUAUCAAGUAAAGGAUGGCCUACACCGCUAAUUGAGCGGUGGAUUACUGGUGGUGCAUGUGACUGUGGUGGUUGGGAUUUGGGCUGCAGAUUAAGAACAUUCACAAACCAGGUGGAAUCUAGGAGAAGAUCAAAUGCAACAAGUGGUCAAUUUGAUCUUUUCUUUCAGGGAGAUAACAUAAAUGAGAGAAGCUUCUUCAGUGUUUGUCCAUUAAAGGAAGGGAUAUAUUCGGUUGAAUACAAUUCAUCCGUUUCUGUUUUACAAGCAUUUUCUAUCUGUAUAUCGGUUGUGGAGUGCAGGAAAUCAACUCAGGAUACAGAAUCAAGAACUGGCGGAAGUAGAAUUACUUUUUCUUUAUGUAAUUCUGACUUAGGGUUUAUCAGAGUGCUGCAGACUUUUGAAAAGCUCAGAUUUUUAGUCCAAAAUGGAACACGAUUCACUCUUAACCAAGAUCCAAGAGUUACACUCUGUGGAUACAGUAUUCCUCAUCCUUCAGAAGCUAAAGUAAACAUAAGAGUCCAGACAACAGGUGAUCCAGCAAAGGAAGUAUUGAAAGAUUCAUGCCAAGAUCUCAUGAUGAUAUGUCAGCAUGUUAGGAGCACUUUUGAGCAAGCAGUUGCUGAUUUUAAGAACAAUGAAGGCUCUGAAAGCCAGUAAACGAAGAGCUUAUUACUGCCCUCUGUUUGAUUUAACAUUGAUCAUAGUCUUAAGGGGUUGUUAAUUUUUGAUUUAAUGAUCUUAAUGGGUUAAGAACUUAGUUCCGAAGACACUUUCACGUUUCUUAUUAAAAGUUUUAAAAUUUUGAUGAUCACAAAAAUCACUCUUAUCAUUGCAUUUGAGAAAACUUGGAGCA